GAAAUAAUAGCAUCGGUUUACAUUAGUGUGUGCAGUUUACACAAAGUGGUACGCUGUGGCAGCAAGUGUUUAGUAAACAAGGUCGAGGAAAGAGCCUGCCACCAGCUAACGAUAACUUUCGACUUUUUGCGUUUUUCAUGAUUAGAGGCUAGAUCAAUCGGCGAAGGGCGGCGUCGCGCGGCACAGCACCCUGUGCGCGGCGCAUUGUGUGUCGGGUAUAAACGCGGCGCGCGCGCCUCUCCGCAGCAGUCGCAGCCGCUCCGCACUCCGACAUGAUCGCCUUCAAGAACACUCUCGUCUACUGCUUGCUGUUCUCCGUCGCGGUGCUCGGAAAACACAAAAAGAUGAAGCCGAAGAAAUUCGUAUCACCGACGACGAAAGGCAUCCAGUGUUACAAUUGUCUAUCGUUCGACCACCCCGGCUGCUGGGACCCCGACCACCCUGACUACGCGAACAUCACAGUCCCCAACAUCGACUGCUACAUCCCGGGCAUGGCGUUCCUGUGCAUCGUGAUCACCUCGGAGUCCGCCAAGCUAGUGGAGACGGGGCAGGAGAUCGGGCCGGUGCGCGCGCGCACCUGCGUGCCCGCCAAGGACUUCUCCAAGAAGACGGUGUCGUACUCGAUGUGCAGCAAGCUGAGCAAGGAGCUGUCGGCGUCGGAGAUCUUCUCGCGCAUCGCGGUGAGCCGGCCGCAGUGCACGCUGUGCAAGAAGCACCUGUGCACGGACGCGUCGCACUGCUAGCCGGGCCGCACGGGCCGGGCCGGGGCCGAGCCGGGGCCGCGCCGCGCCCGCGCCGGGCCGCGCGUGCCGCCCGCCACAAUGGGACCGUGUUACGCAACGUGUUUAUUAAACUACCGAACCAGUUUCCAUUCUAAGAAAUGCAAAAACGUAGAGUACUUUGUUGUUUUGAAACUAACACACUUUGUUGAACUAAUCGGAGUUGUCGGGGUGAGGGACGAGCGCGUUAUUCGUUUGUUUUUAUAUUUCAAUUAUUAUUUUAAUAAACUAUGAGAUUAUUUAUUGUUUGUUUGAAUGGUUCGCGUACGAUGCGUCGACAACGUGUGCAAACAAUGGUGACGUACCUUCUC